AAAAACCCGCUGCGUUUGCGUUUCGAUUUUGUGUGUUGUUGUGUCAAACAAAGCCUUCAAAAUUUUAGAUAAAGUGGCCUCAAUAGGCGCCAACACGCUUAAUUUCACUGAUUUAGGGAGCCCCUACGAGGGGCCUCCCAGUACACCACAGUCCGGCAUGGAUGCACCCGAUGCCCCACAUACCCCUAAAUAUAUGGACGGUGGUUCCACCACCAGCAUAACACCGGGUGCCGGUUCGGGGGGAGGUGGCGCCAGCGGCCCCACCGGCGGUAAUAUACCGGGCAAAUCGGCUUUCGUUGAGCUGCAACAGCAUGCUGCCGCUGGUUACGGCGGCAUACGCAGCAGUUAUCAACAUUUUGCACCACAAGGUGGUCAAGAUUCUGGUUUUCCCAGUCCACGCAGUGCUUUAGGUUAUCCAUUCCCGCCCAUGCAUCAAAAUACCUAUUCAGGUUAUCAUUUAGGCAGUUAUGCGCCGCCCUGUGCAAGUCCACCAAAGGAUGAUGAAUCUCCAUAUAACAACCGAAAAGUUUCUAACUACAGCCCAACAGAAUUUAGACUACAAUUAGCGCAAUAUACAAAGAAUGACUGGUCAAAAUAUACUAGAGAUAUAACGGAUUUUUCCAUAUCGGAUAAAUGCGAGGACUCUGGAUUACGUGUGAAUGGUAAAGGCAAGAAAAUGCGUAAACCACGUACCAUCUACAGUUCACUGCAGUUGCAGCAAUUAAAUCGUCGUUUCCAGCGUACACAAUACUUGGCCUUGCCAGAACGUGCUGAAUUAGCAGCGAGUCUGGGCUUAACACAAACCCAGGUUAAAAUCUGGUUUCAAAAUCGUCGCUCAAAGUACAAAAAAAUGAUGAAAGCCGCCCAGGGUCCUGGUCAAGGUAGUGGCAUGCCCUUGGGCAGUGGUGGUCCAAAUCCUGGUCAACAUAGUCCCAAUCAAAAUAUGCACAGUGGCGGUAAUAACGGUGGCGGUUCAAAUAGUGGUUCACCAUCACAUUAUCUACCUCCCGGACAUAGUCCGACGCCUUCAAGUACGCCUGUAUCUGAAUUAUCACCCGAAUUUCCACCAACGGGGUUAAGUCCGCCAACGCAAGCGCCAUGGGAUCAAAAACCGCAUUGGAUUGAUCAUAAACCACCGCAAAUGACACCACAACCACCUCAUCCAGCAGCGUCACAUCCGCAAACACAUCAUCAUAAUCCACCACCACAAAUGGGCGGUUAUGUACCUCAGUACUGGUAUCAGCCAGAAACAAAUCCAUCGUUAUUAACGUAGGGUAUGGCCAGCGGUUUAACAAACACCUCCUUCUACUCUAACCACAACAACCUUUUACCAAACCGAUCCUAUAGAUAAUUCUAUGCAUAUAUAUUAAUUAAAAUUUAAUAUAAAGACAAAAAAA